AAGCGAAUACCGAAUUUUUCUUCAGAUAUUAUUCUCAGUUUUCUAUGUACAAUCCUCGCUAUAGAUAAGAGUGACAGAAGAGACAUUGAUUGACCUGCCAAGCCUGUCUUUGGGUCUCCGUGUGCUUCUCUUUGUUUUCUACAGAGCUAGCUUUGAACUCCAUCAAUGGCGUCCAAGAACCAUACGGACGUUCCAGAGAAGGCAAACGGCGGCGCUGAUGAGCAUUCAGAGGAUAGAUGUUCAGUGGAGGAGGUGGCCCUCGUGGUGCCGGAGACCGAUGACCCAUCACUCCCGGUGAUGACUUUUCGGGCGUGGUUUCUUGGGCUGACCACAUGCACCCUCCUCAUCUUCCUCAACACCUUCUUCACGUACCGCACGCAGCCUCUGAUCAUCUCGGCCAUCCUAAUGCAAAUUGCGGCCCUACCCAUUGGCAGGUUUAUGGCGUCCACGCUGCCCAGGAGGGAGUACAGCUUGUUGGGGUGGAGGUUCAGCUUGAACCCUGGGCCCUUCAACAUCAAGGAGCAUGUGAUCAUCACCAUCUUCGCCAAUUGUGGUAUUUCUUAUGGUGGGGGUGAUGCCUACUCUAUUGGUGCUAUCACCGUCAUGAAAGGCUAUUAUAAGCAGAAUUUGAGUUUCCUUUGUGCCCUCCUCAUCGUAUUGACUACUCAGAUUUUGGGGUAUGGAUGGGCUGGAAUGCUUAGGAGAUACCUUGUCGAUCCUGUUGAGAUGUGGUGGCCUUCAAACCUUGCUCAGGUCUCUCUGUUUAGAGCACUACACGAAAGGGAGUUGAAAACAAAAGGCUUUACCAGGAUGCAAUUUUUCCUCAUUGCCAUGGCUGCGAGCUUCGCCUAUUAUGCACUCCCUGGCUAUCUGUUUCCAAUUUUGACAUUCUUCUCAUGGGUCUGCUGGGCAUGGCCCCGUAGUAUCACAGCUCAGCAAAUUGGGUCUGGUUACCAUGGACUUGGGGUUGGUGCCUUCACUCUUGAUUGGGCAGGGAUAUGUGCUUAUCAUGGCAGCCCGCUUGUGACACCCUGGUCUUCCAUUCUCAAUGUUGGGAUUGGAUUUAUGAUGUUUGUCUACAUAAUUGUCCCAUUGUGUUACUGGAAGUUUGACACCUUUGAUGCUCGGAAAUUUCCCAUAUUUUCUAAUCAGCUAUUUACUCGCACUGGGCACAAAUAUGAUACCACUAAGAUCUUGACGCCACAGUAUGAUCUUAAUGUUGCUGCUUAUGAUAGUUAUGGGAAGCUUUAUCUUAGUCCCCUGUUUGCCCUAUCUAUUGGAUCAGGAUUUGCUAGAUUUACAGCAACACUGACUCAUGUGGCACUAUUUCAUGGCAGUGAUAUUUGGAAGCAGAGCAGAUCUGCAAUGAAGAAUGCCAAAUUGGACAUCCAUGCUAAAUUGAUGAAAAGUUACAAACAAGUGCCUCAAUGGUGGUACCUCAUUUUGUUAGCAGGGAGCAUAAUCCUUUCCUUAGUAAUGUCCUUUGUGUGGAAAAAAGAUGUUCAGCUCCCUUGGUGGGGAAUGUUAUUUGCCUUUGCCUUGGCUUGGAUUGUUACCCUCCCAAUUGGAGUUAUUCAAGCAACUACCAACCAGCAACCUGGAUAUGACAUAAUAGCACAAUUCAUAAUUGGUUAUGUCCUACCCGGAAAACCCAUUGCGAACUUGCUUUUCAAGAUUUACGGAAGAAUUAGCACUGUCCAUGCUCUCUCUUUCUUAUCUGACCUCAAACUUGGGCACUACAUGAAAAUUCCACCACGGUGUAUGUACACAGCUCAGCUGGUGGGAACGUUUGUUGCGGGUACAGUGAACCUUGCAGUUGCAUGGUGGAUGUUGGAGAACGUUGAGAACAUCUGCGAUGUUGAAGCACAGCAUCCUGACAGCCCCUGGACUUGCCCUAAAUACCGAGUGACCUUUGAUGCUUCUGUCAUAUGGGGCCUGAUUGGACCAAGGCGGUUGUUUGGACCUGGAGGGCUGUACCGGAAUUUGGUAUGGUUGUUCCUCAUUGGAGCUGUCUUGCCUGUUCCUGUUUGGGUAUUGAGCAAAAUUUUUCCUGAGAAGAAAUGGAUCCCCUUGAUAAAUAUUCCAGUUAUAUCAUAUGGUUUUGCUGGAAUGCCACCGGCAACUCCCACCAAUAUUGCUAGUUGGCUUAUCACUGGAACCAUCUUUAACUACUUUGUGUUCAGAUACCAUAAACGCUGGUGGCAGAAAUAUAACUAUGUUCUAUCUGCGGCACUGGAUGCUGGAACUGCUUUCAUGGGUGUUCUCUUGUUCUUUGCUUUGCAAAAUGAGAAACGAGAUUUGAAGUGGUGGGGGACUGCUUUGGACCACUGCCCUUUGGCACAAUGCCCAACUGCACCAGGUAUUGUGGUUGAAGGAUGCCCAGUUUUUAAAUAGUCACAGAUUCUAAGCAGCAAAGGGUGUUUGAAGAUUACAAGACAUAGGUGGUGGAAGAGGUGCAGUUUCAGAGGAAGAGAGAUAUUAUAUAAUAUUGGAGCAAGGUUUAGAGAAAAUUGAAUAACCAAUUGCUUUGCUAUUUUGUACAUGCUUGUUUACUCUCCCUGAAAGCAAAUAAGGAGUGGGUCUUCCUCUUUACACCUGACAGUAGGAAGUUGAUAUUCGCAUAGAAGUUCGAUCUUCAAUAAUAUUAAGUAAGAUGUGUGCAUUUGCUGUAUUUCGAUAAUAUCAGAAGUUCGAUCUUCGAUAAGAAUAAAAGCAAUUAAAAACAAUUAAAGUAAA